CCACUUUCGAUUUCUGACAUUUUUCUCCGUUGUUCUCCUGCUGUACACUUUUUUGUUGUUCUCAAGUUCGAACAAGUGCCAUUGAAAACAACUGGAAUCGAAGUCUUGGAAAAUGAAAUAAUCAUUUAAAAAGAAAAAAAAUGUUGAAUUUUUUGUUCUGUUAAAUUGUGGAUAAAACUGGUUCGAGUGCAAAAUUAAUUAUUAAAUUUUUGGUUUGAAAUUCAUUAACUCAAACGUUCUAAGGUCGUAUCUUGUGUGCCAACUUCAUGCUAAAUUCAUGGAUAUACAUUUUUAUUCUUCAUUCUCAUUUGCUCCAUCUCUCUCGCUCUUUCGUUUUUUUCGCUCGUAAUGUGUGAGUGCGCUGUGCGGGGUGUAUUUCAUAGACGCCAUUAUCCUUAAUUUUUUCUAAUAUUGCUACAAGAUCCCGAAAUAGCUCAAGCCAGACAGCAAAACGAAUUGUUUUCCAUCAUACAAACUAUUAAGUGUUUUAAGUAAAUUCGUUCAAUUCUUUUCGUAUUGUGAUUCUUGUUUUCGUUCUGUUUGGAAUUUGUUCCUGUUAAAAUGCAAAACUAACUAUGUUAUUGGAUAAAUUUGAACAAUUAUUUUCACAUGAAUAAAAUUUACAAAGCAAUAGAUAACAUAACAGACAUAGAAACAAAAUAGCAAAAACAAAAACAACAGUCGAUGGAAAAUACGACGAAUUAACACGACGUUUUGUUCAAAAAUAAAAAAAAAGUGUGUGUUUUCUUUUUCUCAAUUCGCGAUCUCCUUUUUAUUAUUAUAAUUAUUAUUGUUGUUAUUGUUGUUGUUGCUGCUGUUGUUGUUCUUGUUGUUUUCAUUGCGGCUGCUGCUGCUGGCUGAAGUUUAGUAAAUAACACACACACAUACAGCAAUUGCACAUAUUGCACAUUUAUCAAGCGAAAUUAAAUCAAAAUAUGAAUUGUGGAACAUCAUCGACUAGUAAUGCGAGUACAAGCAGCGAUAUUGCAAUGGAAAGACCAAAAAAAGUAACGGUUAAUCUACCCGAGUCAUCCAGGCCGAAGCAUACGACACGGAACAAAAAACCGAUUCAGGCCGAUUUGGAUUUGAUUAAAGCAUUUACACGAUGUCGUGACGAAAACUUUACUGUAUUAGAUCUCAGCAAAUCAUCCAUUACAUCGAUACCACCAGCAGUAAAAGAUUGCAUAAAUUUAUGUGAACUGUAUCUGUAUGGAAAUAAGCUUGGUUCGUUGCCGCCGGAAAUAGGAGGGUUGAUGAAUUUGAAAGUGUUGGCGCUCAAUGAAAACUCUCUUACCUCAUUGCCAGACUCGCUGUCAAAUUGUAAGCAUCUCAAGGUGCUCGAUUUGAGACACAACAAACUCACUGAAAUACCUGAAGUAAUUUACGAACUGACCACACUAACUACACUCUAUUUGCGUUUCAAUCGCAUUAAGGAAGUCGGCUUUGAAAUCAGCAAACUCACCAAUUUGACCAUGCUCAGUUUGCGUGAAAAUAAAAUUAGUGAACUGUCAAUGGGAAUCGGAUAUCUAGUCAAUCUCACAACAUGUGAUGUAUCACACAAUCAUCUAAGACAUUUGCCCGAAGAAAUCGGUAACUGCAUUCAAUUGAGUGCAUUGGAUUUGCAGCACAAUGAAUUGUACGAUAUACCAGAAUCAAUUGGAAAUUUAACCAAUUUGGUGCGACUUGGAUUGCGUUACAAUAAUUUAACGUCAAUUCCCGAAUCGUUGCGAAAUUGCAAGAAAAUGGACGAGUUUAAUGUUGAAAACAAUUACAUUGCAUCAUUUCCAGACGGAUUAUUGGCCAGCCUAACAUCACUUACGCUAAUUACAUUGUCGCGCAAUAAGUUUACGGUGUAUCCAACAGGUGGACCAGCUCAAUUUACAAAUGUUACAACGAUCAAUUUCGAGCACAAUCACAUCGAUAAAAUACCGUAUGGCAUUUUUUCACGUGCAAAAUUUCUCACCACAUUGAAUAUGAAAGAAAAUGAUUUGAUUGCACUACCGUUGGACAUUGGCACCUGGGUACAAAUGGUUGAAUUAAAUUUGGGAUCAAAUGCAUUAACAAAACUACCCGAUGACAUACAUUCCCUGCAAAAUUUGGAAAUUCUCAUUCUAUCAAAUAAUUUAUUGAAACGACUUCCACACACAAUUGGAAGCUUAUGCAAACUGAGAGUGCUAGACUUGGAAGAAAAUCGGCUUGAAUCACUUCCCAAUGAAAUAGGCUUACUACAUGAAUUACAACGAUUGGUUUUGCAAUCAAAUCAACUGACUAGUUUACCGCGAAGCAUCGGACAUUUGUCAAAUCUCACCCAUUUACAUAUUGGCGAAAAUAAUUUGCACAGUUUACCCGAAGAAAUUGGCACCAUGGAGAAAUUGGAAAAUUUAUACAUAAAUGAUAAUGCAAAUUUGUUAAAACUUCCAUAUGAACUAUCGUUGCUUGAAAAUCUAUCGAUAAUGAGCAUUGAGAAUUGUCCAUUGAGUGCAAUACCACCAGAAGUUCUUGCAGGUGGUCCAUCUCUUGUUAUACAGUACCUUAAAUUACACUCGCCCUACAGACAAAUGUGAUUUUUUUCAAAUUGAACAAGAGUGAAAAGAAGAUUUAAUGCAAAAUCAAAGAUCAAUUCGACAGCAAAAAAAAUGUUAGAAACAUUAAUACAUACAUAUAGACUCAUAAAAAAAAACUGAGAGAGACACUGAACAUACCAACGAAUUUAAAAUCUUGCUGAGAACCCAAACAAAUUUCCGGGAUUCGAUUUCAGGACGAAAAAAAUAAAAUCAACAACAACAAAAUUUAAAAAUGGAAAAAAAAGAAACGGAGAUAAAUUGCCAAAUAAUGAUUUGGUUAAAAUUACAUUAUUAUGGUUCGAAUUAUUUUUUAUAAUCAACCAAAAGUAUAUAAAACAACAAAAAAAAUGAUAAAAUAACGAUUAUUAUACAUAUUAUAUAUUGUUUGUUCCAUCAAAUGGAGUGUAUUAGUUGAAAGUAUUUACAUGUGAUACAAUUGCAACAACAAAAAAACACAUACAUUUUCAAAAACGAAAAAUGAAUCGAGAAUAUAUUUGACAGAAAAAAAUUUAAAAAAAAAGAUCAAUCAAAUCGGUGAUUUUAUGUGAGCAUACACAACGCAAAUUAUAUAGUUAAAAAUUACUGUCAACAUAAGUUUGUUUAUUUAUUGUAUGAAGAGCAUAGGCAGCUUUAUUUAAUUAAAAGAAAAACAAAAAAAAAGAAACCAUACAUUACAAUGGGUUAACAGAUGUACUCAUUGACAUUUCCCCAUUAUAAAUUAUAUAAGUGUUUCGAUAUCAUUACAUUUAAAUAAAGAGAAAAUAAUGGAAAAUUUUAACAAGAGUUGAAUACAAAGAAAAAAAAGAACAAACAAUCACGUUAAAAGUAGCAGAUAUAAUCACAAAGUAGAAGCGAUUCAAAACAGAACAGAUACGAAAUCAUUUUUCUUUGGAAAGUCUAGCACAUUACUGUGAAAAUGAAUCGUUGCGGCGAAAGAGUAGUUCUUAUUUUUCUCCAAAUAAUACUGCAACAUGAAGUUUUUUUC